AUGGCUCUCAGGACAUUCCAACAUAUGGAAUCGUUGAGCAUGAGCAAUCCGGAAGCCGGCAUCACCUUCCUGCCUGGUAUUGAGUACCUGGAAGACCCUCCGGCGCAAUACAAAGCUCUUACUGAGGAAAAGGCGAAGACACUAGGGCUGGUUGAGUUUCGGCGUUUGAGGCCGAGCGAGUUUCCAGAUGACAAGGUGAAGUGGGGUUGCGAAUAUUGGACAUGGUGUGUAAAUCCCAUGAUCUACUGCUCGUUUCUCCUUCGCAGGUUCUCGUGGAAUGGCGGCAAAGUAUUCCGCAGAGAGAUCAAUGACGCGCGCGAAGCUUUUACAAUCAAGGAGUUGUUGAAUGUGCGGGUCGCCAUCAACUGUUCCGGGUUCGGGUUUGGCGAUAAGAACUCGUUUAUCACACGAGGACAAACCUGUGCCGUGGCCAACUUGAGCCCUGCGACAGUGACGCGACAGAAUGCCGAUGGCUCUUGGAUUUUCUGCGUGCCCAGAAACUUUGAUGGUGGCACCAUUGUCGGUGGCACAAAGGAACCUGACAACUGGGAUCCAGAACCGUCGCUAGAUGUGCGAGAGAAGAUCCUGAAGGACUUUGCUGCCACAUAUCCUCGUAUCUUGGGAGACAGCAGUGAGUUCCGUGUUCUCAAAGACAUUGUGGGCCGACGACCGACUCGGAAAGGGGGCAUGAGACUUGAAAGAGAAGAAGUUGGCGAUGACCGUACCAUAAUUCACGCUUAUGGCCUUGGGGGCCGGGGCUUCGAGUUGUCUUGGGGAGUAGCAGAAGGGGUCGUUGAGCUGCUGGGUGAAGACCAAGUUAAGGCGCGAUUGUAA